GGGGCAGGGGGGUGACUCCGUCCAGAGAUGCCCUGGGUGGUCGUGGGCUUCCUGCUGCUGCUGCUUCGAGGGACGAGGGCUCUCCAAGGGGCAGAGUUGUCUGAAUGUUUUAUGGUGAAUGGGGCCGAUUAUCGGGGGACGCAGAACCGGACUUCGCUAGAGAGCACUGGGCGACCGUGUCUGUACUGGAACCAGACGCGGGAGCAUGUUUACAACACGGCCAAGUACCCCAACGGCGAGUGGGGAUUGGGCAGCCAUAACUACUGCCGGAACCCCGAUGGCGACGUGCAGCCGUGGUGCUACAUCUCUGAGAACGAGGAAGGGAUCUACUGGAAGUACUGCGACAUUCCUACCUGCCACAUGCCUGGUUAUGUCGGCUGCUUCCUGGAUUCUGGGACUCCUCCUGCGUUGAGCGGAAGCAGCGGCACCUCCACCAAGCUCACGGUGCAAGUUUGCCUCAGCUUCUGCCGCAAGCGGGGCUAUAAGUUCGCAGGGGUAGAAGCUGGCUAUGCCUGUUUCUGCGGCCACGAGGGAGAUAUCCGGCGCAGCCAGCCGGUGAGCGCUGUGGAGUGUGACCAGGUCUGCUUUGGCAAGUCCAGCGAACUGUGCGGGGGAGACGGACGGAUUGGUAUAUAUAACGUAUCCAUGGGCGCCUGUCAGGGAAACUUCAGCGAUCUCUCGGGAGUGAUCUACUCGCCGCAGUUCCCGGACGAUUACGAGGCCGACAGCAACUGCAGCUGGGUCCUGCGCCCCCCGGGCUGCGAGUCCCUGGAGCUGACUUUUCGGAUCUUCGACCUGCAUGACCCCAACGACUGCCUGGAGCUUCGGGAUGGGCGCAGCAACCGGUUGCUGGCCCAGUUCGACGGGCGCCGGAAGCCUGGGGUGCCGCUGCUGCUGCCCACCAACUACCUGAUCCUUUCCUUCCAGUCGGACCAGCUCUUGCAAGCGCAGGGCUUCGCCAUCUCGUACAGGGGGGUAAAGGGUCCCUCGAUCAACGAAGCCCGAUCUGACUUGAGGACGCUCCCAGGUGACGGAUCCCGUCUUGUCCCGACCUCCUCUGAGUGGCUCAACUCCACCUGGACUUACAGUGCCAAUGACUCUGCUAUCGGUGUAGGAGCCUGGGUGAUCUACACCGCCACGGGGACCUUCGUCUUCGCUGUCCUCCUCAUCUCAUAUCACCUGCGUAAAAGGACUUGCCUCUUUGUGCAGAAGAAAACCGGCAGUUCUCUGGGUCCUUUCUCCUCCAAAGGCCCACGAAGUCGCUGCCAGUGCCUUGGAGGCGAGGCAUGGGCUGUGGCCUACCGACACACCCGCGUGGUGAUCUGUACCACGCGUGGCGCUCCGCACCACCGCCCCCUGCACAAUGGCGGCGGGGUUGGCGGGGACGACGAGGCCUCCUCUGACUGUUCCUGCCUGUGCCACAGUUAUGAGAACCUUUCUUCUACCAACCAGUCCUCUCUCAAAUCUCUCAUCUCCACCAUCUAAAGC